UCUUUUGAGCUAUCGAAGGUUUUACUACUCAGCUUAUUUACCUUUCUUCGGAUUCAUCAUCAUAGGACCAAAGAUGGAUCACCAUUUUGGUGGAGGGAAUUGGAUGAUGGUUCCAACACAAAACUCGAUUCCGCAAGACCAUAGCUCUCUCCAACCGCAGUAUUACCAACAACAACAACAUCAGUUACAACAACAUCAGUUAAAUCAACAACUCCAGCAGCAGCAGCAACAACAACAACAACAUGACCACCAUCAACUCCAAUCACUGGCUUCUCAUUUCCAUCUUCUUCAUUUGGCCGAAAGCGUGGCUGAAGCGGUUGAAAGUGGAACUAGAGAUCAGCACUCAGAAGCUUUGAUCAAUGAAUUGACCAACAAUUUUGAGAAGUGUCAACAAUUGCUGAACUCCAUCUCAGCUUCUUUUACCACAAAAGCUAUGACAGUUGAAGGACAGAAACGUAAACAGGAGGAGACCAUUCAGCUCCUCAAUCAAAGAAUGGAAUUGAUUGCCAAAUAUAGAAAAUCUGUUGAGGAGGUAUUUAAUGUAGAUCAUAACAUGUAGUCCUGUAGGUUUUUUAUAUGAUUUUUUUUUUAUUUUUUAUUUUUUAUGCCUCCAGAGAUUUUCAGCUAGAAACUAUAGAUUAGAUUGCAUUUGAAGAUUAUUUUAUUGUGAUUUUAAAGAAGGGUUUAAAUGAACAGGUUGUUGAUUUCUAAUUUUAUAUUUGAUGGGUUCUUUUGUUGUGAGAA